AUGCACAGUGGAGGUCAAAGGCUGCACCCCAAGGGGGGGUUCGAGCAAGGGGAGGCUUCAGGGGCUCAGAGGCCAGAGCAGGAGGACUGGCCCGAGCCAGAGUCUGAUAGCAGAGCAGAUCCUGAGGCGGCAACUUGGCCCCAGCAGCUCCCCGCCUCCGCGGGGCAGCCAGAGCAGGUCCUGGAGGCCAGUGAGGGGCAGGAGCCCGACGAGAGCCAGGCUUCGGGGCCUUCCUCAGACCCACCCCGACAGCCGUCUGAGAGAGGGGAUUCACAGGUCCCAGAAGCCCAGGGGCAGCAGCCACCCCCUGGGAGGCCCCGCUGCCACACCAACUGCCUAGAGCAGCCCCUCGCCUGGGGAUUCCAGAGGAUGGGGCUGGCUGUGGGCUCGCACCCCUGGCUCUUCCUGCUGGCGCCCCUGGUGCUGACGGCAGUCCUGAGCACCGGUUUCAUGUACCUGCCCAGGGAGAUGGAAGAGAACCUGGAGGAGCACUACACCCCUUUGGGCAGCCCAGCCAAGGCCGAACGGCACUUCGUGCAGGCACAUUUCUCCACCAACGAGUUGUACCUCUUCUCCCCGUUGCAGUCCAGCAGGGAGGUCAACUUUGCCUCCAUCCUGGUGGUCUCCAACACUACCAAUCUGCUGGAUCAAGUCAUCUUCUCAGAAAUUAGUCAACUGGACAAGGCGGUGCAGAUGUUGACCGCGCCCCUGGGAGAUGGAACCCAGGUCCUCUACCCUCAGGUGUGUGCCAGGUACCAGAGCACCUGCUUGCCCUCCAACCCACUCCUGUUCACCUGGCAGAAGAAUAACAACAUGGACCUGAAAAGCAUCACCUUCCCUAUUUACAACACCUCCGCUGUUUCCCUCUACUUGGCCGGCCUCUUAGGAGGAACCAUGCUAGGUCCCGGCUCGGGGAUUAGCCGGUUACUCCUGCAAGCCAAGGCCAUGUGGCUGCAGUACUACCUGAAGACCGCAGACCCCGAGGACAGCGCACGCAGCCAGAAGUGGCUGCUGGAGUUCCUGGACCAAAUUCAUGCCAUUGAAAAGUGCCUGACCCUGAAGAACAUCCAGGUGGUCUACUUCACAUCACUCUCUAGGAAACUGGAAUUUGAGGCGACUGCUAGGACAGUUGUCCCUUUGUUUUACACGGCAUACCUUCUGAUCAUAUUAUUUGCAAUCAUAUCAUGCUACAGGUUUAGCUGUAUAUGAAACAAAAUGUUUAUUGCAGUCGUUGGAGUGAUUUCUGUUACCUUGGCAGUGGUGAGUGGCUUUGGCCUCAUGUUGUACGUGGGGGUGCCAUUUGUGACAAUAGUUGCAAAUGCACCAUUUCUAAUACUAGGUGUUGGCAUUGAUGACAUGUUUAUCAUGAUUUCUGCCUGGCAGAAGACCAACAUCAUGGACAGCGUACAACAGCGAAUGUCUGACGUCUACUCCCAAGUGGCGGUGUCCAUCACCAUCACCACUCUCACAAAUGUCCUGGCCUUCUUUACAGGGGUAAUGACCUCCUUUAAGUCCGUGCAGUACUUUUGCAUUUACACGGGGACAACCUUGCUCUUCUGUUAUUUUUAUAACAUCAUCUGUUUUGGCGCCUCUAUGGCCCUAGAUGGUAGGAGAGAAGCGGCCUGUCUGCGCUGGCUGCAAAGGUCAGAGGGAAACCCGGACCAAAAUUCUUCCUCGCUGAUAAGGUGCUGCUGCCUCCCAUUUAGUUCUCUUCGAACUGAUGAAGAAUUGAACAUACAUCCAAUGAACUUGUUCUUUAGAGAUUAUUUUGGCCCCUUUCUCACAAACACUAAGUCCAAGUUUGUGAUAGUAGUUUUAUACCUUCUGUACAUUGCAUUCAGUAUAUAUGGCUGUUUCCAAGUGCAGGAAGGUUUAGACCUUCGACAUCUGGCAAGUGACGAUUCCUAUAUCACACCCUAUUUUAACAUCCAUGAAGAGCAUUUUUCAGAUUAUGUUCCCAUCGUGAUGGUUAUCAUGACUGAAGCAGUUGACUACUGGGAUAAAGACACUAGGCAAACAUUGGGGAAAUGUCUGACUGCUUUUGAAAACAGUGAUUAUGUCAUUCAAAAUCUAACACAGUUUUGGUUACAAGCAUAUAUACAGUAUAUGGAAGCCAACAACUUAGCUGUAAAUGACAAAGAUAGUUUUAUAAACAACAUUCCUGGUUUUUUAGUGCAUAUUCCAAUUUUUACAUAUGAUAUUAAUAUUUCGUCAUCACAUGAGAUUACUUCAUCCCGGGCCUUCAUUCAGACCACGGGUGUUUCUUCUUCUUGCAGUAAGAAGAACAUGUUAUUCCAAUUACGAAGUAUUGACAAAAGGUGUGAGAUUCCCCUAAUGGUGUAUAACCCAGCUUUUAUCUAUUUUGAUCAAUAUUCUGCAAUCUUAGAAAACACUAUUCGAAGUGUCAUUGUUGCAACCACAGCUAUGUUCAUUGUUUCUUUAUUGUUAAUUCCCCACCCAUUGUGUUCCUUGUGGGUCACUUUUUCUAUUGGCUCUGUGAUUGUAGGAAUAACAGGUUUCAUGGGAUUCUGGCAUGUCAACCUUGAUUCCGUAUCCAUGAUGAAUCUUGUGAUUUGUAUAGGGUUUUCUUUUGAUUUUUGUGCACAUAUUUCAUAUGCAUUUGUUUCCAGUUCUAAACCCUCAGCAAACCAAAAAGCAAUUGAGACAUUGUUUUUGCUAGGUUACGCAGUGUUACAAAGUGCACUGUCAACAAUAAUAGGAGUGUCUGUUUUAUCUGCAGCUAACACAUACAUCUUCAGGACAUGUUUUAAGAUUAUGUUUCUUGUCAUGGUAUUGGGGGCUAUUCAUGGCCUAGUUUUUAUUCCAGUAUUCUUAACCAUUUUUUGAAGAUUUGUUGGAAUAUCCACUAACAAAUCAGCGCCCAAUGACAGAAUUCUUGACUGCCCCUAUCCAGUCUGGUAAAAAUGCUCUGUUAAGCAUAGUUGAUAAACUGAAAACAAAUGCAUGUUUCCUUGAUUUGGAAAUCUCAUCCCAAGCUGUUCUUUAUAAUAUCCCUAA